GAGCGGGCCCACGGGCGUCUCCGGGCAUGGCCGCGACAGUCACGCCAACACCCCAGCCGGCCAUGCACACAGUUCCCAUGCUGCAGGUGAACCAACAGCUCUUCAACCAUUGGCGGGUGAGCCUGGAAUCCUUUGCGUCGGGGGCCGGCCAGCUCAUGAACAUGUCGGAGGUUGUCGAGUCGCCGCGGAUCCGGCUCAUGCAGAGUUCGCUGAUAGACGGCGACCCGGUCUUCCUAGCGAUCCACCAGAUGUAUUGCCUGUCGUCGUUUGCGCCCUCGGAGCUCCGCAAACUCCCGGGGUUCGGUCCGGAGCAGGAUAAAGGCCUGGCGGUGGUCAAGCAGCUACUGGUCGAUAACCGUCGGCUGUCGGGGGAUUUUCUGAAAUGGUGUGUGCACUUCCCGGAGCCGUGGCACAACCUGGUGGGCUUUAUCUGGUGGCGGAAUGCGUUGGAGCAGAUCAUGAACUCGCUGGUGCUCCUCGCGCGGAACUGGGAGUCCUUCGAGCGCCUGACGGUGAAGCGCGGGCUCCCUCCGUUGGUCGAGGAGAUUAUCAUGACGUUUUCUAUCCGCUCUCACGCGUGGCAGUAUAUCAUCUUCCUGGCCCUGUAUCGACGGUUGCCCGGCGUGAGGGAGACCAACCUGUUCAGCAUCUUCAAUAAGGACGUCAAAUACACCGACGAUCGGCUGGAUGGGCCCCGGCCCGUGUCGCCGGAGCGGGCCAGCACUGAACGGAACACCAUCCUCUCCAUGUAUCACAAAGCGCUCGUGCCGCCCAGCAGCGACAUUCACUCGCAGACUCCAGCCCCAGCUUCGGCGCCCCUCCCCGCUACCAAGCCGCCGCCGCCGCCAACAGUUCCGUCAUCGAUGCCGUAUGACGCCAGAGUGAGUUCGCACCCUGCUAUGGCCAGGAACGCUUCGCAUCCAACCGUAUCACACAUGCCGGCGCAAUAUGCUCAAAUAUCCCCGUCGCCUGUCGGUACCCCCGUCCCCAUGGCCUUUCAUUCACAGCUCAGCGGAAUGCAUAGCACGCAAUCACCGCACAUGCCGGCGCAUCAGCUUCAGGCCCUUCAGCAGGCCCACCCCGCGGGGAACAUUCGCUCGGCCCUCUCGCGUCGGACCUCAAGCUCAGCGAGCAGUCCACAUCAGAUGGUCUUCCCUUCCCAACUGGCCUCUCCCCAUCCAGCUCACGAUCCCAUGACACCCGCGUCGUCUGUUCCCGCGCCCGCUCCAGCUCCCGCUCUAGCGCCACCCGGGCAACGACGACGCGGGCGUCCACCCCGUGCCCAGACCCAGGCUCAGUUCCAAGCCCAGACCCAAGCUCAGAACCAAUCCCAGGUCCAAGCUCAGAUCCAAGCCCAGGCCCGAGCCCAGAAUCAAGCGCCUAGAAUGGCAACCGGAUGGCAGACCCGGCAGGCGCCUCCCGCCCAAGCCUGGCCUCUAUUGCUGCCUCCGCCGGGCCCGCUUCCGCCUCCCACUCGCCGACCCGAUCCAAUCCGCGACGGACUGCAUGUGGCUCACCUGCGCGGUCCGAUCAACCUGAUGGUCGAGCAGGGCCCCAGCGGCGACAAAGAGGGCGAGCUCUAUCACUCCCUGCAUUCCUUCGCGGCAGCCCCCGUUGCUCUGGGCCAGUACGAAUGCUCAUUCCACUGGACCUUUGACAUACCCAGGAAAGUCUUCGACCGUCUCCCGAAGGCGACCAAGGGAGAAGACCCAUACAACCCAACGCGUACCCUCCGGCACGGCCACCUCCUGCUUCGCCUCCGCUCCGUCAAAGCCGAUCCCGAGGCGCAGACCGUCGCAGAAGAGACCUGGUGCACUACCGAGACCACCUGGCCCAGCGUGAUGUACGUUUUCCUCAACGAUCAGGAGAUGUUCGUCCGCCGCCGCCAGCAUAACGGCAAAGACCUGCCCCUCGAACUCACCGAGGGCAUCCAGGAAGGUCGCAACACCCUCACCAUCCACCUCAUCCGCAGCAACGCCGAAAUGCGAGAUGCACUCUACGCGAUGGGCAUCGAGAUCAUGAGCAUCUUCGCUCUCGAUCCCGGUCUUGCCGCGGCAAGAAUCCUUCCCGCGGAAGAAUCCCAGAAACAGAUCCUCAAACGGAUGACGCCCGACGCGGACGAUGAAAUCAGCAUUGUCAGCGACGAUCUGGCCAUCAACCUCGUCGACCCGUUUACCGCCCGCAUCUUUAACCGUCCGGCCCGCGGCCGCUUCUGCACGCACCAGGAGUGCUUCGACCACGAGACCUUCAUCCGCACCCGGGCCUCGUUGUCCAAACGGCGCGUCCUGAAGGAGGACUGGUGGUGUCCGAUCUGCAAGAAAGACGCGCGACCCCACACCCUCAUCAUCGACGGGUUCCUCGUUGCCGUGCACGAGUCGCUGAACCAGUCGGGCCAGCUGGACGGCGCGCGUGCCAUCAGCGUGAAGCGCGACGGCUCCUGGACUCUGAAAACCGACGCCGACUCAAUCCCCGAACCUGCCGUGGCCUCAGGCUCGGGCUCGACCUCCCAGUCCCCGCACAUCUCAGCGCCCACCUCCCCAACUACAUCUACGACUGGAAAGCGCAAGUCUACCGACCGCGUUCCCUCCGCGCCGCCUGCAUCCCAGCGCCCCAAAUUCGAGCGCAUCGCCUCCGACAUCGGGCUUGGGGCUGAGCCGAUGGUCAUUACCCUGGAUUAGACAACCACCUCUACUCCUACCCCACCCUCACAUAACCAGCCACUCAUGCUUCAUCACUUCUCCUCAUUUCACUUCUGCAUUCUGCCUGGAGCGUCCACAAUACCAGCAUCAUCUUAGCGCUCCUCACGCCUUUACCGUUGUACUCUUCGCUUGUUUCUCCUCCUGCCCCUCCUCCUAUCUCCCCGUUAGCUAGCUGGCGUUGCUUUCACCCUGUAGUAUAAGAUACCCGAAUCCUGCGUGUUUCCAAUUCAAUUCGAUUGGCUAUGCCGUCUG